AUGGAUUUGGAAUUAAUUCCAAAGGAACUAUCCGCACCUUCUGGGGAUGGAGGCGACAUCCGAAUGAGAUGUAUGGCCGAUUAUGAGGUGAAGCGUGAAAUUGGCGAGGGAUCCUUCAGUGUCGUUUAUUCAGCCACUGAGAAAGCUGAUCUCCAUAGAGAAGUCGCGAUUAAGAUGUGCUUCAAAAAACAAAUUUUAAAGGAGAAGAGGGUGGCUUCUGUCCAUCGUGAGAAGUACGUUCCUUGCUCGGCUGUCCGACAAUGA